AUGGUAUGGCGUCAUUUAGCCCGUUAUUUAGCGAAUAACGAACAGUUGGUAAAUAAAUUAGCUGAAUCGUAUCCAAUACGUCGUGCAGCACAGUUAACAGCUUACUUUUAUCAUAGUGGAAGAGCCAAAUAUAUAGAAAGAAAAGGAGAAUUUCAGAGAGCUGGUGGAGUAAGAUAUAUACAACGUCAAGGAAAACAAGAUAUUAAUGAUAUGAAACUAGUGAUGAAAGAUUUUACACAAGUUUUAUUUAGACCCUGGAUUGACUUAUACAAAGAUAUCAGUGUUCAGAACUUAAAAAUAAUGUUCAAUGAUAGUGAAAUUCAAGAUAAAAUUGAUUCUACGAAUAAUUGUCUUACACUUUCAAUAAGAUUAAUUCGUUCAUUUGAAUAUCGAAAUGUUCGUCAUAUUGCUAUAAGAAAUCUUAAUGAACAAAUACGUGGAAGUGAAUUGAAAAAUAUUAUUUUAAAAUCAUUACCAAGUCAAACUAUUCCACUUCCAUUUAAAACAUUUGAAUUUGAUACAUUAAAAAUUGAACAUUAUCCACAUCAAGCGAAAACGAAUGAUGUUGUUAUCCGACGAGAAGAUGACGAGCAAUUUCUUAUUGCGGAUGAUAAAACAUUAAGAGAUUACAAAAUAGUUGAUGGUACAGAAAUCGCGUUUUUUAAAAUGGCUGAUUAUGAAACAUAUAAACAAAAUCCCGUAUUUUUAAUGGAAUAG